GAUUAAUCAGACCAUCAAUACCGCCCAGUUGAAGCUGAUUCAGCCAAACUCGGUGAGUGAGUCAAUUCUGUUUGCUUUUCUCUCUUCAAGACAGCUACUUUUUAUCACACAUAGGAAUAGGAGGACCCAAUUUCUAUUGGGUCUUCUUCAGAAAACUGCUUUCUUUAGCAUCAAAUCAUUUUCUUCAUUAGGUUUAUCUAAACCAAAACAACAAAAUGAAGCUCAAAGACAUUCUUUUACAGUGUCUUAUCUCAUAAACUCAUGUGGGUUCUCACCAAAAUCUGCUCUUUUAGCAUCCCAUAAGGUACACUUUGAAAACCCAGAUAAACCAGACUUAGUGCUUAAUCUUCUUAAAGAGAGUGGAUUCAAUGACACCCAAAUCACCAAACUCGUCACAAAAAUCCCACUGCUGCUUUUAUCUCAUCUUGAGAAUACCCUUUUGCCCAAAUUCGAGUUUUUGCGCUCUAUAGGGGUUUCAGGGUCUGACCUCCCUAGAAUCCUUAGUUUGAAUCCUGACAUGCUGAGAAGGAGCUUAAAGAACAAUCUUAUUCCCUGCUAUGAUUUCCUCAAGAGUCUGCUUUUUGAGAAUGAGAAAGUCAUUACAGCUUUAGGGCGCUCUCAAAGGGCUUUGUUAAGUAAUGGAACAAAGACUAUGGUUCCAAAUAUUGCACUUUUGAGAGAAGUUGGAGCACCUCCAUCCACCAUCUCUUUCUUGGUGAUUCGUUCUCCGUCUGUUGCAUUCAUUAAGCUUAGUAAGUUUGUGAAAGCUGUCCAGGAGGUUAAGGAAAUGGGUUUUGAUCCUUCAAGAUUUGCAUUUGUGCAAGCAAUCUUAGUGGUUUUGUCAAUAAAAAAGCCAACGUGGGAAUAUAAAUUUGAGAUUUUUAGGAGGUGGGGUUGGUCUAAGGAGGACAUUCUCUUAGCGUUUAGAAGGUUUCCAAAUUUUAUGCUUUUAUCGGAUGAGAAGAUCACAAAAGUAAUGAACUUCGUUGUGAACAAAUUGGGACAGCCAUCAACGGAUAUUCUUAUGAAUCCUGUGGUUUUGAAUUUAAGCUUGGAGAAGAGGAUUAUCCCUAGGUGUUCAGUUGUUCAAAUUUUGUUAGCCAAGAAUUUGAUCAAGAGUGAUUUAAGCUUAGCGACUUUCUUACUACCUAAUGAGAAGCUCUUUUUGGAGAAGUUUGUUAUAAAAUUUCAGGACAAUGUUCCUCAAUUGUUGAGCAUGUAUCAAACUAAAAUGGAUCUUUUGGAUGUAGAAAUUCAAUCUAAGAAGAUCUUCAGAGACCGCAAGACUAUUAAGGAGGUUCACAAACUAGAUCUCCGUACAUUGAAGCGCAGCCAAUUCUAAUAACCUACAUAGUUCUACAUACAUGCAAUACCUGGAACAGAGCUCUUGCCGUGAACAUUUAAAAAAUUAAGUUUCUGGAGCAAACUUGUUCUCAUGUGGCUGAAUGGGCAUUGAGUUAUAGGGAAACUGGAUUUGAUCCAAUUAAUACGUUGUACAUAUUAUUGGGGACCUUUGAUAUGGACGUUGGACAAGGUGAGGUCCCCAUUAUUCCCUUAAUUGGUGUUCACCAUUGCCUUUUGUUAUCACAGGAAACUUUGUCUCCACCUCGUGCAUCUAUAGAUCAAGUCCCCUAUAUGUCUUGUACUUCGUGGUUGAUUCAAUUUGCAAACAAAAUGAAAGUUUCUUUGCUUUGUCUUUUUUGGGUCUUUGAGUUUGAAGGUUCAGGUCAAGUAUUUCGUGGAGAGUGCCAUAACCGGAUAGUGUGAAGUUGAAGUAUGGAAGUUGGCAACGGCGACUGGAUCUAACCAGUGUGGGAGAAUUACAGAAUAACGUGAAAUGUGUUUUGGUUCAAUAGUAAUUGCUGAGCUGGCUUUGUACUUGUUUAUAAGGCAAUUUUUGACAUGUCUUAUUUUUAUUGUGCAAUCUCAUACAUAUUGCAGGAAUUGCAUGUUAAGCAAUUGCAUAUAGUCUGCUCCCCUAAAUAAUGUUGCCACAUCAUUAAAAAUAUGCCAACUCAUUUUUC